AUGGGCGGUCCUGGUGUCAUUGAUGGCGUAGAACAUCCAGAAACGGAUAAUUAUCUUCCAUGCCGAUUCGUUAUUGAUGGAGUAACAUAUUCAUCUUCUGAGAAUUAUUUUCAAUGCGCGAAAACGACCAACGAACAAGAUCGGGAAAAGAUUUUGAAUUCAGGACCAGGUGAUUCAUGCCAAUUAGCUGGACAAACGGUUAAACGACGAUCAGAUUGGAAAUCGAUUAAAUUGGAUGAAAUGUAUAAAGGAAAUUUGGCAAAAUUUCAACAAAAUGAAGAUUUAAGAAAAGCUUUAUUAGAAUCUGGCACAGGACCUAUUCAUUUUACAGAAUCAGAACCUUUUUGGAAUCAUUGGAAUGAUAUGAUCAUGCAAAGAAUUCGAGCCGAACUACGUCAAAAUGGCGACGAAGACGCUCAUCGUGCAGCAGAAAUUUAUGAAGCAAUGAAAAAAUAUGCUCACGAGAAUAAAUAA